AUGGGUGCUGCUGCUGUGGGCGGGAGGGAAGUCAGAAAAAGGCAAGUUCCUGGUGCAGAGGUUGCUGUGCAGCAUAAUUUAGGCAUCGGGGGAGCAGUAGUUGUCAUGCUGUACAAGGUGGGUUUUCCUGAAGCUGCUGGUUCUUUUAGAACUCAUCAAAUUGAGGCUGCUCCAACCAGCUCUGCAGUUGAUGGAUUUAAGGCAAAUCUUGUAUUUAAGGAGAUUGAGAAGAAGCUUGAAGAGGAAGGGGAGCAGUUUGUGAAGAAAAUCGGUGGUAUUUUUGCCUACAAGGUGAAGGAUGGCCCUGGAGGUAAAGAAGCCACCUGGGUGGUGGACGUGAAGAAUGGCAAAGGAUCAGUGCUCCCUAACUCAGAUAAGAAGGGCGACUGCACAAUUACCAUGGCUGACUCGGACUUACUGGCUUUGAUGACUGGUAAAAUGAAUCCUCAGUCGACCUUCUUUCAAGGUAAAUUGAAAAUCACUGGCAACAUGGGUCUGGCUAUGAAGUUACAAAAUCUUCAGCUUCAGCCAGGCAAAGCUAAGCUGUGA